UUCCUUUUUAGUCGCGGCUAUGCGAACUAAAUGCGUCUAACGUUACGUAGUAUUUAGUGUAAUGUCUGUGGGCGACAGAUAAUGUGUUUCAGAAUUGUUUGUGCCUUGGAGUCAGAAUCACUAAAGGAGAUACAUAUUAUCAAGUCUAUUGAUUAUGACCUUGUAGUUAAUAGCAAACAUCAACAUUAGUCACAUUUCGAUAAUGUUUGAAUAUUUUGUGUUUUUAUCUUAUCAUUUUUGUGCACGCUGUUAAAACAACACAAUGUUGAACAUGUUAUCUUUUUAUCUCUUUUCUUUAUUCGUUUAUAUCUGCUGCUUGCACAUGUUGGCUUUGUGACAUUGUCGUUGUCUUUGACCAUAUAGUACAAGCAAAUAAAUCUAUAGGAGUCGCCACACCCACUUAUAACGUCAUAUGGUCUUUAUUGCGACAGUGUGUUUCUCGUUGUCUGUCGAGCAGUUACGCUGGACUUAAGAUCUUCUGGACCGGAUUUACUUGUGUUUCAACUACAAACAACCUCUGUACGUUCUUCGCCCACACAGAGAUCCUUCUGGUUUGAGAGGCGCUAGUAAAAACACUUGUCUUCAACAUGUCUGGACCAGGCUAUCCAUCCCCAAACCAGCCUUUAUAUCCCAUGCCCCAGCCAGGGGGACAGUACAUGCCCCCCUAUCCCAUGGGAGGCUAUGGAGAUCCUGGACAUGCGGCCCCACCUCCUGGAUUCCAAGUAGGGUACCAAUCAGGUCCAGACCACACUGUCAUGUACCAGCCUGGUCCAACAACCAGUCCAUCUCACCAUGCACCUGCACCAGCACCUGCAGCAAUGUCAGUUCCUUCUGGAGUACCACCUGGUCUUGAGUACCUCACUCAGAUUGACCAGAUCCUUAUUCACCAAAAAGUGGAGUUGUUAGAAGCAAUCAUUGGCUUUGAGACCAAUAACCAGUAUGAGAUCAAGAACAGCCUCGGCCAAAAGAUCUACUCGGCCAAAGAGAAAAACGACUGCUGCACACGCAACUGCUGCGGUUCACUGCGUAGCUUUGACAUGAAGAUCAAAGAUAACACUGACCGAGAGGUCAUACGCCUCAUCCGACCUUUCCGUUGUGCCACCUGUUGGUGCCCAUGCUGCCUGCAAGAGAUCGAGGUGCAGGCGCCUCCGGGAACAACCGUAGGAUAUGUAAAACAGGACUGGCACCCUUGCUACCCAAAAUUCUCCAUCCAGGGACCGAAGAAAGAGACAUUGAUGAAACUCGAGGGGCCCUGCUUGGCCUGUAAUUGCUGUGGUGACGUGAACUUUGAGCUGAAACCCAAGGAUGGUGGAAAGCCUAUUGGCCGCAUCAGUAAGCAGUGGAGUGGCCUGUUAAAGGAAGUAUUUACUGACACUGACAACUUUGGCAUCCAGUUUCCUUUAGACAUGGAUGUGAAAAUGAAGGCUGUCCUUAUGGGUGCCUGCUUCCUUAUCGAUUUCUUGUUCUUUGAAAAAGUUGGAGACAGCAACCAACGAAAUACUGUGUUUUCCUAGAGCACGAGCAGGAUGUUACCAUGACCAAUAAGUAACUCGUCAAAGAUAUUCUGUUUAGACUUUUAUUGGUAUUGAAAGACUGUUGCAACCACUCAACUGAAAGUGAUAAAGAAAUAUUCAUGUCAUAUUUAGUCUUUUUAUAUUAUUGACAGACAUGGUAUCAUGAGUUCCUGUUAACUGGGUGCCUUUUAAACUAUCAUGGCAUACUAAAAUACAAGAUAGUGUUACAGAAGUACAUGAAUCUAACAUUUAAAUGAUUUUUGGUCUUUUACCUUAAACCUAAUUCGGAAAUCGGUUACCUGAGUCGGGCCGAGUACCAAAACAACCUUGUAGCCAAUCAGCAGAAAGGUGCACCGUGCACAGGACGGACAUUAGCAGAGCCGAGCGCUGACGAAAGCGAAAGGAUGGGGGUAGGGCUGUGUUUGUUUUGGCGAUUUGAACAUAAACAACGGCUAUGAGAAAUCGGACACCCUGCCUUUAAAUAGUUUUUUCUUGAUUUUGAGUAGUCACAUACAACCAUAUAAAUGUGUCUGCUAUUCUAGGUUUAGGUUAUGCAGAAAUCAUAUUAAUCUGCUUUUAGUUUUGUGUAAAUGAGAAAAGCCUAGGAAUGUUAUGCAAUAGUGCUCGUUUAAAUCUCUUUAGUAAAGCUCUUUUCUAUUUGCAUCCUAUCAGGUGUCUCAGCCAAUCAGACCAAUAUCACACUAAAUGCAGUCUAGUUAUCCAAAUCCACUUCAGAUGAGGGACAGCUUCUUGCUAAAUCUUCUUUUCACUCAGUUAUUCCAGACAGUCCUUGAUAAAAAAGGUUGUCACACAACAGUGAAGAGCAAGUUAAAGCCAAUUCUUUACAAUAAGGUUUAGCUGAUAAAAUAACAUACCAUUACAAAUGAAUCAGCUUUUAAUAAAUCGUGGUUAAACUUCAUGUCGACUGUGUUUCUAAAAUAUCAUAAAAUACAGUACUACAGUAACCAAGAUUUAUAAAUGCUGUAAAAUAUUUUAGAGGUUCAUGAUGCUUGAUGCCUUAAUUAACAUUUUUACAAGCAUAUUGAUUUUCCUAUUUUAUCUGUACUUUUAACCAUGUGUUGUUUAUAGACACUUUUAUCAUUUAAUAUAAAAUUCUAGCAUUUUAUAAUUUUAAAAAGAGCAUCUUCAUGCUUGAAAUUAAAGCUGCAAUCCAAACUGUUGCCUAUUAUCACAUCUCAGAUUGAAACAUUGCAAGUUACUUAUCUUUGUGUGUUUAACUGGCAUGUCCUGUGAAAUCCGACAAGUGCACCCGAAGUAAAAAUAUUAUAAACUAAAUCGUUGUGAAUCGUGAUCGAGUGAACCCCUUUCACACUGAAGGCUUUUGUACUUGCUUAAUAAGAGAUUUAAUAGUUAUGGAUUGCAGCUUGAAAUAUUGGACAAGAUUAUUAAUUUACAUCAAAUGAUAAGGAAUUAUACGUACCAAAAUCAGAUGAUCCUGAAAUUCUUCCUCAAACUAGACACAGUUUAAACGUAUAGGCGCCAAAAAGUUUUUUUUUUGCAGGAAUGCCAUAUAAGAACCAUUUUCUUUUAUGGUCUUGUAAAGCUAUAUGACAACAUCUCUAAAUCAGCUUGGUUAACCUGGUGACGCGACCACAGGUCAUCAAAGUCAUGGUGAUAUCGGGUCUUAACGUCACUACUGUGAGUGUGACAUUACUUUUAUAGAAGGUCUACAAAGUACUACUCUGUAAAAAAAUAAAUAUAUACAUAUAUAAUGUAUAUGGAAAAUAUAAUGUUACGGAAUUUUACUGUUAUUUACAGAUUUUUUAUUACGGUCAAAAAUAUAGUUCAAUUAUAGAAAAAGAGAACUAGUUUAAAAGAGAACUAGUUAAAGUUUUUUAAUUUAAAAGAAAACUUAUAAAUUUGUAAUUUUACAAUGAAAAAUGUCAUUUUACAGUUUUAAGCUGCCAGGACAAAUAAUACCAGAUUUUUUUAAUGGAUUUUUUACUGUGUUCCAAGACAUCAAUAUCAGGAUAUUUUUAGAUCACAACAUUCCAAUAAUUUCUUAUCAUGGAUUCCAGGAUUCUAUAGAUGUUACAGGUUUUUCAUUGUGUUGUUCACAACACACCUUGACAAAGAACCAUUUAGGUGUGAGGUCACUGUAAAUAAACUGUUACAGAUGUACAGCAACUGGUUGUUUUGCACUUUCAUUAACAUAGUUAAUUAACAAGUUGCUGUAGAUGCAGAUGUUCACUGCAUUAAAAAAUAGAUGUUUCAACUACUUCAGUAUCUCAGUAAGUAGAAGAUAUAAUGACGGCUACAUAAAAUCUACAUAAACAAGUGUGUAUUUACUUAUAGUACAUUUAUGUGCUUUUGAUAGUUUUUUUUGUUCUUGUGUAGUGUUAUACAGUAUAUAAAUAAGACAUUAUAUUGUUAUGUUGGUAUGUACAUUACACUGUGUCUUUAAUAAGGUCAUGUGCCUGUGUAAAAACGUUUCUCAUAUAUAGGCAAAUAAAAAAAGUAUGUAGUGUCAAAAAUAAAACAUUUAUGCUGUUCAGAAUGAAGAUUAUAUCUAACCUGCAUAUCAAAUAAAGGAUGAAGAAAUAAU